UCUAAUGGAGUUGACGUUGACGUUGUCUCCCAAUGGUGGCCCAUCAUCAUGAGCGGGCAUUGCCGGUUAAUUUUAUUUGUGGUGCUUUCGUUUAAUUUACCGGGAACCGGAACUGUUACACUGAGCUCAGCGCGCGUCACGGUGACGCUGCACCGGUACGUGCGUCCGUGGAGCGAGGCGGAAGCGAUUUGCGAGGCGGCGGGUGGCCGGCUGUACGUCGAGGAUUCCCUUGAGCGGGCGCUUCUCUUGGCAAAAUACAAGGGCGACUGGAACAGCAAUUACCACGUGUGGGUUGGACUUCACUACCCAACGAUCGGCGUGGACGCAAUCUACGGCUGGACCGACUGUCGGUGGCAAAAUACGGCCUUUUACAACAACUACAAGCCGUCCGAACCGAAGAAACCGACAGCCCAACGCUGCGUUCUCUCGGACAAGACCGGCGGAGACUGGAUAACCGCCGCCUGCGACGAUGAUAACAGCUUUGUCUGCGAGAACCUUGCAGAAAACUGUCCGUUUGUCACGCAAAAUGGCGUUUCACCCACCUCGACGUCUGGGGUAAACCAAUUAGUCAUGUCAUCAACUGACGUCACAUCCUGCGAGGAAAAAUGUCUUUCCCGGAUAUUUGACAACACCAUGAACUGCUGGGCUCUUUUGUUUAACACUGAUUAUCACGUAGACAACUGCGUUUUAUAUUUUAUGGAUGAUCCGUUCCAAUUUGUGGGGACGUCCGUCACAAGUUCUCCAAAUGCCAUCUUUGAGAUCAAGGAUUGUUACCAAAGUGCAGUAGUAUCGUCUGAUCCGGGCACAGUUGCGGGUGUAAGUGGCACAGCAAUUCCAACACAGGUGUGUUCCACGUACGAGCUUCAGACGACAACUGAAGAGCCGGUCCCGUCCACCACUACAUCAACUACCGCCGCACCGACAACUACUGCUGCCCCGACGACAACUACCGCCGCACCGACGACGACGACAAGUACCGCCGACCCUACGACGACUACCGCCACAACGACCACGACAAACGCCGCCGCGACAACGACUUCCGCCCCGACAACAACUACUGCCGCCCCGACAACUACCGCCGCCCCGACGACAACUACCGCCGCCCUGACAACUACCGUCGUCCCGACGACAACUACUGCCGCCCCAAUAACUAUCGCCGCCCCAACAACUACCGUCGUCCCGACGACAACUACCGCCGCCCCGACAACUACGGCCGCCCCAACAACUACCGCCGCCCCGACGACAACUACCGCCGCCCCUACUACUACCCCCGCCUCGACGACAACUACCGCCGCCCCAACAACUACUGCCGCCCCGACGACAACUACUGCCGCACCGACGACAAGUACCGCCGCCCCAACGACGACUUCCGCCGCCCCGACCUCGACUUCCGCCGCCCCGACGACAAUAACAGCCGCCCAGACUACAACAAUUGCUCAACAUACAUCAGCUCAAACUACAAUAAUUUCUGCCACAACGUCAACGACGCAAGGCACCUGCUUAUGCAAGUGUGCAGAUAUUUUAAAUCUCGUUGGAAACGUUUCUUCAGAAUGGAAAAAUCUAACCACGGAAGAAAAAGUUGAACAGCUUAUCAUACGUUUGCGUGUGGACAAAACGCACCUGACGUCGACUAUACGUCGUAAAACAAGUGCCCCCGAUAACAGAACGACGUCAAAAUCCAUAGGUUACGUCGGGAUAGCUUUUUUGGCGGGUAUAUUUGGAAUGAUUAUCCUAUCUGAUGCUUCAAAUUUCUGGAAAUAUUUUUCGAUCAAACAUAAAUGUGACCCAGAAAAUUAUGGGUCUGGCUCAAGGUAGUGAUAACUGUUUAGUGCAGGGAUUAGAUUUUUGUAGCCCGUCUUUAUUGCAACAUAAACAUGCAGGCAUUUUGGCCAUAUAUAAAAAUGGGCUUAUACUAUAAAAUGUUGGCUAUUAAUUAAAGGGACUUGUGUUUGUGUAAAAUGCACUUUUUGUAUGAGGAAUUUAAG